AUGUUUGAGAUCGCUAUAGGGAAUACCAGCAUUGGCACGUGGCAAAGUCAAAGCAGACUUGGCAGCACAAUCUGCCCUUUCAUUGCCUCUGAUGCCAACAUGGCUGGCACCGGGACCUACCGUGGGAUACCGUGGCCAUCACCGGGACCUACCGUGGGAUACCGUGGCCAUCACGGGGACCUACCGUGGGAUACCGUGGCCAUUACCGAGACCUACCGUGGGAUACCGUGGCCAUCACCGGGACCUACCGUGGCCAUCACGGGGACCUACCGUGGGAUACCGUGGCCAUCACCGGGACCUACCGUGGGAUACCGUGGCCAUCACCGGGACCUACCGUGGGAUACCGUGGCCAUCACCGGGACCUACCGUGGGAUACCGUGGCCAUCACGGGGACCUACCGUGGCCAUCACUGGGACCUACCGUGGGAUACCGUGGCCAUCACGGGGACCUACCGUGGGAUACCGUGGCCAUCACCGGGACCUACCGUGGGAUACCGUGGCCAUCACCGGGACCUACCGUGGGAUACCGUGGCCAUCACGGGGACCUACCGUGGCCAUCACUGGGACCUACCGUGGGAUACCGCCAUCACUGGGACCUACCGUGGGAUACCGUGGCCAUCACGGGGACCUACCGUGGGAUACCGUGGCCAUCACCGGGACCUACCGUGGUAUACCGUGGCCAUCACCGGGACCUACCGUGGGAUACCGUGGCCAUCACCGGAACCUACCGUGGGAUACCGUGGCCAUCACCGGGACCUACCGUGGGAUACCGUGGCCAUCACCGGGACCUACCGUGGGAUACCGUGGCCAUCACCGGAACCUACCGUGGGAUACCGUGGCCAUCACCGGGACCUACCGUGGGAUACCGUGGCCAUCACCGGGACCUACCGUGGGAUACCGUGGCCAUCACCGGGACCUACCGUGGGAUACCGUGGCCAUCACCGGGACCUACCGUGGGAUACCGUGGCCAUCACGGGGACCUACCGUGGCCAUCACUGGGACCUACCGUGGGAUACCGUGGCCAUCACGGGGACCUACCGUGGGAUACCGUGGCCAUCACCGGGACCUACCGUGGGAUACCGUGGCCAUCACCGGGACCUACCGUGGUAUACCGUGGCCAUCACCGGGACCUACCGUGGGAUACCGUGGCCAUCACCGGAACCUACCGUGGGAUACCGUGGCCAUCACCGGGACCUACCGUGGGAUACCGUGGCCAUCACCGGGACCUACCGUGGGAUACCGUGGCCAUCACCGGGACCUACCGUGGGAUACCGUGGCCAUCACCGGGACCUACCGUGGGAUACCGUGGCCAUCACGGGGACCUACCGUGGCCAUCACUGGGACCUACCGUGGGAUACCGUGGCCAUCACGGGGACCUACCGUGGGAUACCGUGGCCAUCACCGGGACCUACCGUGGGAUACCGUGGCCAUCACCGGGACCUACCGUGGUAUACCGUGGCCAUCACCGGGACCUACCGUGGGAUACCGUGGCCAUCACCGGAACCUACCGUGGGAUACCGUGGCCAUCACCGGGACCUACCGUGGGAUACCGUGGCCAUCACCGGGACCUAUCGUGGGAUACCGUGGCCAUCACCGGAACCUACCGUGGGAUACCGUGGCCAUCAAGGGGACCUACCGUGGGAUACCGUGGCCAUCACCGGGACCUACCGUGGGAUACCGUGGCCAUUACCGGGACCUACCGUGGGAUACCGUGGCCAUCACCGGGACCUACCGUGGCCAUCACGGGGACCUACCGUGGGAUACCGUGGCCAUCACCGGGACCUACCGUGGGAUACCGUGGCCAUCACCGGGACCUACCGUGGGAUACCGUGGCCAUCACCGGGACCUACCGUGGGAUACCGUGGCCAUCACGGGGACCUACCGUGGCCAUCACUGGGACCUACCGUGGGAUACCGUGGCCAUCACGGGGACCUACCGUGGGAUACCGUGGCCAUCACCGGGACCUACCGUGGGAUACCGUGGCCAUCACCGGGACCUACCGUGGGAUACCGUGGCCAUCACGGGGUGGGACCUACCGUGGCCAUCACUGGGACCUACCGUGGGAUACCGUGGCCAUCACGGGGACCUACCGUGGGAUACCGUGGCCAUCACCGGGACCUACCGUGGUAUACCGUGGCCAUCACCGGGACCUACCGUGGGAUACCGUGGCCAUCACCGGAACCUACCGUGGGAUACCGUGGCCAUCACCGGGACCUACCGUGGGAUACCGUGGCCAUCACCGGGACCUACCGUGGGAUACCGUGGCCAUCACCGGAACCUACCGUGGGAUACCGUGGCCAUCACCGGGACCUACCGUGGGAUACCGUGGCCAUCACCGGGACCUACCGUGGGAUACCGUGGCCAUCACCGGAACCUACCGUGGGAUACCGUGGCCAUCACCGGGACCUACCGUGGGAUACCGUGGCCAUCACGGGGACCUACCGUGGCCAUCACCGGGACCUACCGUGGGAUACCGUGGCCAUCACCGGAACCUACCGUGGGAUACCGUGGCCAUCACCGGGACCUACCGUGGGAUACCGUGGCCAUCACCGGAACCUACCGUGGGAUACCGUGGCCAUCACGGGGACCUACCGUGGGAUACCGUGGCCAUCACCGGAACCUACCGUGGGAUACCGUGGCCAUCACCGGGACCUACCGUGGGAUACCGUGGCCAUCACCGGGACCUACCGUGGGAUACCGUGGCCAUCACGGGGACCUACCGUGGGAUACCGUGGCCAUCACCGGGACCUACCGUGGGAUACCGUGGCCAUCACCGGGACCUACCGUGGGAUACCGUGGCCAUCACGGGGACCUACCGUGGGAUACCGUGGCCAUCACCGGGACCUACCGUGGGAUACCGUGGCCAUCACCGGGACCUACCGUGGGAUACCGUGGCCAUCAAGGGGACCUACCGUGGGAUACCGUGGCCAUCACCGGGACCUACCGUGGGAUACCGUGGCCAUCAAGGGGACCUACCGUGGGAUACCGUGGCCAUCACCGGGACCUACCGUGGGAUACCGUGGCCAUCAAGGGGACCUACCGUUGGAUACCGUGGCCAUCACCGAGACAGUGGUGA